GCUGAGCUGGGCCGAACGGCAAGAGCCGGCCCACUGCCCAUGGGCAACGCAAUGCGUUUGCAGUGUGUUGCUAGUGCUGCCCAAAACCUCUCCAACUACCAGUCUGAGCUUCAGAAACUGAAAGUCUGAAACCUACCAGCUGCUGAUCAAUUCCUGCUCUGCUUCCUCAUCAUCUUUUUAUCCAUCCAAUGCGCGGACAGCUACCAGUCUUUGCAUCAACUGAAAAAAAGAAAAGCAUUGCUACUUCACUUCUGCUCGCAUUUCAAUUCUGAAUUAUCCUGAUCCAAACGGCAGCGGUAAAAGCGAACUAGGAGCGAUCGAUCGAUGGGGAGCGAUGUUAUCCAGGCCAAGCUGGUGGGUACUUCUGGGUGACUUGGGAGCCGGGAAGACGAGCAUCGUGGUUCGAUUUGCCAAAGGAUUGUACUACGAUUGCCAGGAGUCGACGAUCGGGGCAGCGUUCUUCUCGCAGGUGCUGAUCAUGGACGAGGCCACCGUGAAGCUUGACAUCUGGGACACCGCCGGCCAAGAACGCUACCACAGCCUUGCGCCCAUGUACUACCGCGGCGCGGCCGCCGCUGUCGUCGUCUACGACAUCUCCAGCACGGAUUCUUACAUUCGAGCAAGGAAGUGGGUCGACGAACUCCAGAGACAAGGGAAUCCACAUUUGGUGAUGGCAUUAGUGGGCAACAAGGUCGACCUGGAAGAAAAGAGGCAGGUUGGAACGCAGGAGGCGAUGGAAUACGCAGAGCGAAACGGCCUCUUCUUCAUAGAGACCUCGGCCAAGACGUCGCAGAACGUCACCGAGCUCUUCUACGAACUAGCUGAUAGGCUGGUCAAAGUGCGACCUCACCGCCCUUCCGGGAUGGUUCUCCACGACGGCCGGCGCCGCCGCGACGACGGCGGCGGCUGGCCAUGGCGGCUCUGUUGCUCCGGCUGAUGCGCCUCUACCGACUCCCGAAAUACGCCAUCCUUAAUCGAAAACGUCUUUUACUGAACCCGCCUUGGACUUUAAAUGUCCCUGGUAGAUAAGGCAAUGGAUAUAUGCUGAUGAGGCACGUGCUGA